AUGCCGUUGCUUCAGCACGCAGAAAAGACGCACGACUACAUCCUUCAGACGGUAGUUCUCCUCUUUGUCUUCGUGCUGCACAAUACAUGCGCGGUCCAAGCUGCGCGAGACAGGAAGCCGCCAGCAGCGUUUGCGGUCCCGUUGGUCAAGGCGAUGCUCUUCCCUGCGAAUGAUGUCACGACCCAACGGUCUAUUCUUGUCGCCCAGCGCGAAACCAUCCACCAGAUCCGGCUGUUUAUUCUCGGGGCCGAGCGCAGGGGUAGCAAAGUCGAUCCAGCCCAAUCGCCAAUCGGAAUUUGA